AUGUCGUCUUUCCGACGUCAGUUCAAGAACCUGGUGAAGAAAUACUCGGAGGCCGAGAUCAAGGUGCGAGAGGCGACUUCCAACGACCCCUGGGGCCCGUCCAGCUCGCUGAUGUCCGAGAUCGCCGAUCUGACCUACAGCGUCUCCGGGCUGGCGGAGAUCACCGCCGCGCUGUGGGAGAGGCUGAGCCACGGGGGGCGGAGCUGGCGUCACGUGUUCAAGUCCCUCCUCCUCCUGGACUACCUGCUCCGCGCCGGCUCCGAGAGAGUGGCUCAACAGGCCAGGGAGCACGGCGCCUGCAUCCGGGACCUCCAGCGAUUCCACUACAUCGACCCGGACGGCAAGGACCAGGGUCUCUCUGUGCGCGUGAAGGCCCGUCAGGUGGAGCAGCUGCUGUCGGAUGAGGCGGCCCUUCAGAGAGGGAGAGAAGCGGCCCUCAGGACCAGACAGAGGCUGGCCGUGGGACUGAAGAGCGGGGACAGGGACAGAGAGAGGGACAGAGCACAGUUCCACUGCCCAGGCUGUCCGAUGGCAGAGCUGAGACUAGGAGAGAUCUGUCCUCAAUCCAAACCCGAAGAGGAAAUGCAGCUGCAGAUCACAUUGGCUGAAAGCACAGAGGAGCAGGAGCAGCAAACGGAGAGUCAGGACUCUGUUCUGUCGCCCCCAUCCCAGAUGAGGAGUGACCCCUGGGAGCACACUCUGAUGCAGGCAGACAAUGACCCGUGGAGACCAGCAGUCUGUUCCACACCAGCAGAGGAUUUUGCAGAGUUCGACCCUCUAAGAGCAGGCCAGAGAAAACAGACCGCGGAGACAGCAGGUUCCAUCACCGUCACCACUCUCAACAACAAAGAACCACACGCUGUACCCUGCACCCCUCACCCUGCUCCCCCCAGGCACAGCUCUCGAAACUGGGCCACUUUCCCCGAAUCCCCCCCUCCUCCAGCAUCCAGGAGCCUCUUCCCAGAUCUCAGCAUGGCUCCAGCCUCCUGCACCUCCUUGGUGUGUUUGUUCCCCGGUUCUCAGUCCAGGAGCUUGGCCCCCUGCGGGAGUCAGUUCGGCUGCUCCUGCGCGCAGGCCACGCCCAUCGAGAGCUUCUUAGGCACAGCCGGCUCGGGAUUGGUCAGUCUGGAAGCCGUGGCGACCGUGGAGCGGAUAAGCAACCCCUUCCAGACUGGAGCCUGCAGCCCCAUCGCCCUGGCAGGGAACUGCAAUCCUGUCCCUUCUGCCCCUUCCUUCACCAGCAUGUACCCCAGUCAGCCUGAUCCGCCAGACGCACCCCCUGGCUCAGCCUCCCAGCCCUGUGCCAGCCUUUACCCAGCGUACCCCACCCAGCCCCUGCCUCGCCUGCACACCACCAACCCCUUCCUGUGA